GGAGAAUGACGUUGACAACCGGUUCUGAUGACGCAAAACACUGAAACGCGUGACACGCGCCCUUGAGCCGCUCGUGUUGUCAAAAAGAGGGACUGUACUACAAGCCAUGCCUGCUAAGACACAUUUUUCUACAUGAGGAAAUUGUGUGAGCCCAGACAUGGCACUGAGUCCCCUCGCCCUCCUGCGGCCGGUUCUGUGCAGACUUCUGCCCCCUCUGCUGACCAGGAGAGCCCCCUCUCUGCCCCACGCCGGCCGCCCCGCGCUCCUGCAGAGUUACGUCCGUCCUUAUGCCACAAAGAAGAGUAAAGCGAAAGCAAAAGGGCAGACGGCUAAAGUGAACAUCAAUGUGGCUUUGGUGAAGGAUAUUAUCAGCCUGGAGGAGGUGAAGGAGGACAUGGAUGCCGUCCUGACUGCUCUGAAAGAAGAUUUCAGCCGCAGCCUUAGCAUCCGGACGUCAGCAGGUGCACUGGACAACAUUACAGUCGCCACAAAGGAUGGCAAAUUUCCGCUCAACCAGCUGGGCCAGAUAUCCAUGAAGUCUCCUCAGCUACUUGUGGUCAACAUGACUAGCUUCCCAGAGGCCACAGCAGCCGUCACCCGUGCCUUACAAGACAGCAGCAUGGGACUCAACCCGGAGGUGGAGGGCACCAUCAUCAGGGUGCCGGUUCCCAAGGUGACUCGAGAACACCGGGAGAAUCUGGUGAAGCUGGCCAAGCAGCUCAGUAACAAGGCCAAGGAUUCGCUGAGGAAAGUACGGAGCGACGCCAUCACGCUGGUCAAGAAGACCAAAGAGGGGGUCUCUGAAGACACCGUUCACCUGAUAGAGAAACAGAUUCAUCAAAUGGCAGACGGUUACGUGACAGACAUCGACAAACAGCUGGCCACUAAAAGCAAGGAGCUCCUCGGGUGACCUUCACCAGGAACAGAAGUCCCUCUCUUCUGGACGCUGUUUGCCUGUUUUUCUCCUCCGUAAACAAAUGUUGGCGUGGCACGCCAGUGGUUCUUGCUGCUCCUUGUGUUCACGUCUCCAAACAAACACAGGCAGGACGAAUGAAGUUUUAAUGAGAUUUGGGGUACUCCUCCUAAUCAAAGCGAUGCCACAGACGGGGUGUUUAUGUAAAAGGCUCGGCGCUGAAUGUAAACGCUUUAGAAGGAGAGCUCAGAGCUGCACGCUGCCAACAUUUGUUUCACAUUCACGACAUCGGCCUGUCAUUAUUUUCAUCUACAUGAUCAGAUCUGGCCGUGUAAACUGAAUAAAAUGCUUCACUUGUU